CGUCAAACCUGGAACGGUGAAUCAGGAGCGGUAAAACUGGUGUUGGCUCUGCAGCCAGAUACUGUAUUAUUGAGCGCUUUCGGCACGCUACGCAAACUGGCUAUUAUAUUCACGCAACUGCUGAUUGGUCGGGCUCAAUGGCUUUAGUGUCUGCAGACACCAAAAUUGCUGAACUGCUCACUGAGCUCCAUCAACUAAUCAAACAAACUCAGGAGGAGCGCUCACGCAGUGAACACAACCUACUUAACAUUCAGAAAACACAUGAAAGGAUGCAGACAGAAAACAAAACGUCUCCUUACUAUCGGACAAAGCUGCGUGGACUGUACACCACCGCAAAAGCAGAUGCAGAGGCUGAAUGCAGUAUAUUGCGCCACGCUCUUGACAAAAUUGCAGAAAUUAAAUCACUACUGGAGGAAAGACGCAUUGCUGCAAGGAUGGCAGGAGUGUACAACGACAGUGACCCACCAAGGAAGACCAUGCGCAGAGGUGUUCUGAUGACCCUGUUACAGCAAUCUGCAAUGACACUUCCUCUCUGGAUCGGCAAACCAGGUGAAAGUCCACCGCCUCUGUGUGGAGCGAUACCCGCGAGCAGUGACUACGUGGCUAAGCAGGGUGAUAAGGUGGCAGCUCGGGUGAAGGCUGUGGAUGGUGAUGAACAGUGGAUCCUGGCUGAAGUGGUCAGCUACAACCACUCCACCAACAAGUAUGAAGUAGACGACAUUGAUGAAGAAGGAAAGGAGAGGCACACUUUAAGUCGAAGAAGAAUCAUCCCUCUGCCACAGUGGAAAGCCAACCCAGAGACAGACCCUGAGGCGUUGUUCAGCAAAGAUCAGCUGGUGCUGGCCCUCUACCCACAAACCACCUGCUUCUACAGAGCCUUGAUUCAUAACCCCCCACACCGGCCCCAGGAUGACUACUCAGUGCUGUUUGAAGACACAUCCUAUGCUGAUGGCUACUCACCACCUCUCAACGUAGCCCAAAGGUACGUAGUGGCCUGCAAGGAGAACAAGAAAAAGUGAGGGCAAGGAUUGAAUGGAUGAAGAUCUGGACCUGGUUAAGUGGCCUUUAAGUAGGACGACUGUGGUGUAGAAUCAGACUCCUGCUGCUUACUCUCUACGCCACCAAACGAAACUGAAACCAAGACCCAAUCUGAAAUGACUGAAUACCAGCUCUGAUGAAAAUGUACCUGGGAUGGGCUGAAUAUGUUUAUAUUUGUACAUGACUCUUGGAUUAUCAUCGGUGUGAAUGUUGAAUUAGCAUAAUUUGGAAUAUGUGUGUUUUUGUACAAUAUUCCUGUAAAUCUGGGGCCAAAGAAAAUGACUGCAGAUAUACAGUAGAACAAAAUAAAGGGUGAAAUCUCUGUGUAA